GCAUCCAACGCCCCGUCCCUGCUCAAAAUUUCUGGUCUUCUUUUCGGUCCCCGGCUGGCCGGGCAGCACAGGGCAGUGGGCCGGUCACGUGCCGGCGCCGCCGCACGCCGGCGUCCCCCCAUAUCGGCACAUCACGUGCUCGGCCCGUUCUGUCUUCCCUCUGCUUCUGACACCUUGGACCCGAAUGGACGUUAAAACGAGGGCAUUGCCGCUUUUGGCUAUGGCGGACCAUAUCUCGCGGGCCUCGGCUUUCCGCUACGGCGCGUUGGUCGGCCUGCGGCUCCCGCAAUCUGUGACCGUGACUGACGCCUUUGACAUCAAACAUGAUGCCGGUGGGAUGGACGUGGAAUUCCUUCAGAAGAAGCUCGCGCUUCUCCAGACGGUGGUGCCGGCUGCCGGGCUUGUCGGGCUCUAUUGCUGCGACCCCAACCGCGAAGUACCCCGGCGUUUCGCAUGCCAGUUGGCUGAAUCUGGCGUUCUGGAGCCUCUCAUCUACAUGGUCCCAUGUGCCGAGGGCCGGUACGAGUGUUUUUCGGUGGACUCCGGGGCCCCGGUGCCCUACUCCUUGGUGCCCGGCGAAUCUGAGGUCACCGCCGUGGCGACCGUGCAGAACCACGCCAACUACUCGCUGAAAGACUCGGGUGGAAAGCUCGAAACCGCCACAAGCAUGGGGCCCUCGUUCCGCCAGUUGGAGGAGCACGUGAGGGCACUCUUGCGACCCGGAAACCUCGGGGCGCUGGUCGAAAAACACCUCGUGCACUUGGCCCAACUUGUGCAGAACUUCAAGGGGCCGGCGGCGCCCGAAAACCACGAGGCCCUCGCGGCCCACUUGUCUUUGUUGGCUUCCCAGAUUGCCACCGUGAAGUGUGCAAAUGCCCAGCUCGCUAUCCAAACGACAGCCAUGGACAAACGGGGAUACAGACAGGCCCUGGAGCCGCGCCGGAACCGAGGCGGAGCCCCGUCUACGGGCCUGUGAAGGCACGUGGUACGAAAAGCGUUUAUUCUGCGUUAUAAAACGUGCCC